CAAAAAUGAUGAUUACGAAAUUGAAAGUCAGUCUUAUCUACCUCUUUGCCCUUGCUCUUGCCAUUGUUGCACAUGCGCGUCUCGCUCAAGCAACUUCCAAUGUUGCGGAACCAUCAGCCGGCUGUGAACAAUGCCAUUCAAGUUUAUCUUUCGAAGGAAAACAAGCUGAACAGUAUAAAGUAGGAAACGAUAUACCAACUUUGCCAUUCAGAACAAAGACUUCUUGGGCAGGUAUGAUGCCUUUAACCGGUCCAAAGAUAACCAAUGCUUCCGUAUUCUUUUGGUUGUGGGGACAAGAUGCAACAGUCUCAGGUGAGGAUCUGGUCAUUUGGCUUGCUGGUGGACCAGGUUGCAGUGCGGUGAUGGGCGGAAUGAUGGAACAAUCAGGUCCUUUUAUCUAUCGUAACAUUCGUCAUUACAACACUACCGUUAAUCCCUACUCCUGGACAAAAGUUGCCAACGUUCUGUAUGUCGAAAAUCCCGUUGGAGUCAGUCUUUCGGUCGGAGACACUGAUAAUAUCUCAAGUGAAGAUGCUGCAAUUGAUUUCGUUUCAUUUCUGGAAAACUUCUUUGCAACGUUUCCCGAAUUGUGCGAAAAGAAGCUUUGGUUAGCGGGAGAAAGUUGGGCAGGCACAAUGCUGCCAUACGCUCAAGCAGCCAUUUUGGAUAAACAACCAAAGCAUGUUCCAGAAGUGCAAGGAACACUCGUCAUCUCUGGACUCGAGACAACACAUAAUGUAUCGGAAGAUUUAGUAGCGUAUCAAUAUGCAAAGGUAAAUCAAAAAAUCAUGAACUUAACCGAUGGAGAUUUAGCAGGCGUCAAGGAUGAAUCAGACCGAUGCAAUCUUACUUCUUAUCUUGAACAAAAUCUACAUUAUCCUCCGCGAGGACGCUUGCCGGGUUUCAGUUCGAAUGAUUGCGAUCCUUGGGAAGCGGGACUGAAUGGCAAUUUUGAUGCAUACAACAUUGCCGCCCCUGAAGCCAGCAAUGAAGACAGCCAGGCAUACGGUGCGAUCCCGAACUUCUUCAGAAACGAGACUGUCCAAGCAUACAUCCAUUCUCCGCCAAAAGACGAUGCGAAGAGAUGCGUUCGACAUAUGUUUUACCCAGACGGAGAUCAGAGUUUGGCUCCUGAUCGAUCACCAGAUUUCAACAGACCAUUAUUAGCAAGAAUGAUCGAACGAAGUAAAAAGUAUAUGCUACUUGCGUGCGAAUAUGAUUACAAAAUUAUCACAAAUGGUACCGCUUUGGCUUUGCAAAAUCUAACUUGGAACGGUUCUCAAGGAUUCUCCAAACCUCCGCUUACUCCUAUCUUCGACGUGGACAAGAUACAAAGAGGCCUGGCAACUACUGAGAGAAAUUUGACAUUCGCUACUAUUAAAGGAAGUGGACACUUUAUGGGUCAUGACUUACCCGCUUUAAGUCUUGCUGCAAUCACGGAAUUGAUUGGCAAAGGAGAUUGGACGAAGAAGUAAGCACUAUGACUCGACAUGAACAAUGAUUGAC